AUGGAGAAAAAUAGCCAUCUCCCUAUACUCUUCCUCCUCCUCUCCAUCUCCAUCAAAGUCAUUCCGGCCGCCGCCGCCACGGCCCGGCCAAGCGCCAUAUACGCAUUCGGAGACGCCCUUCUCGACCCCGGCAACAACAACAACCUCCCCACCGUCUGCCGCGCCAAUCACAAACCCUACGGACUCGACUUCCCGGGCCGAAGCCCCACGGGGAGGUUCACCAACGGGAAGCUCCCCGGGGACAUGCUCGUCUCCGCUUUCCGCAUCAAGGACUUAUUGCCGGCCUACGCCGACUCAACCGUCGACGUCUACCGCCUCCUCACCGGCGUCAGCUUCGCGUCCGCGUGCUCGGGCUACCACGACGUGACCGCGGCGUCGGUCGGCGUCGUCAACUUGGACAAACAGUUCAAAAAUUUCGAAAAGGCGUUUGUGAAAAUGGAAGAGAGAUUUGGGAUUCAACUGCGGGAGUGCAAAGCGAAGCACAACAAGGACGCAAAGGAAUACAACGUGAAGCUCCAAGUUCGCGUGAGGAGGAUGAUGGUAGCAAUGCCGACGCUCAAGGUUGUUUAUAUGGAUAUCUUCAACCCUAUGAUGGAGAUGAUUGACAAGCCUAAUCAAUUUGGGUUCAAGUCUACAGUAGAGGGAUGUUGUGGAAGUGGUUGGGUGGAGUUGGGGCCACUUUGCAAUGUAGCCUCAGUCGCAUGUAAUGUUCAUUCGGAGUAUGUGUUUUGGGAUUCAAUUAAUCCAUCAGAAGCUGCUUACAAAGCUCUUACAAAUAAAUAA